CUAGUUUGGCGAAACAGUUCUGCGGAGUCAGCGGGACCGCUCGGAGCACGCUUAGGAGUUACUGUGGUUUGAUAAAUACUUGCAAAUAAUCUACAAAAUGAAGACCAUGCUUACUUAUGGAGACCGGAACAGUCAAUAUGGGUCUAGUUUAAUGGUGUUUACAGGAAUUAUAUAUAUAGAUCCUUAAUGCCCACCUUCUCUUACAAUUCCUUUCCCAAAGUUGCAAAGACCGUUUUAUGUCGUCCAUCGAAAAAGCAAAGAUAGUACUCAGCGGAAAAGAAGAGGAAGUCGCCCGCGGCAAAACUAGACAAGGCUGUGCCCUGUUCUUUCCUAUACGGAAUGGAAAUUACCUCAUUCCCCCCAGAGUUCGAAGUGACGUUCAAGACACACAAUGAUCCGGCAAAUCCUAGGAAUUGGUCGACGUGGUAUAAAGCAUUUUUGAUAGGAUGUGCCUCCUGGACAACGUGGCUGGUAGUUCUCUACUCGACCACGUACACUUCUGGGAUUCAGGAGCUCAUGUCAGAGUUUCAUUCCUCUAAUUUUGUAGUGACAUUAGGGGUUACGACAUAUCUUUGCGGUCUCGCUGUUGGCGCAGUGUUGUCUGCUCCUCUUGGUGAGGUAUACGGCCGAAAGGUGGUCCUUGUCGUGGGAAUGUUCAUGUUUAUUGUUUUCCUGAUUCCGUGUAACUUCACGACAGCGAUAUCUCAGAUCUUGGUACUAAGGUUUCUCGGAGCUAUGGCCGGCUCCGCGUCCAUUGCAAACUCCCCCGGCAUUCUGGUGGACGUUGUGCCUGAAGAAUCCAGAGCGCUAGCUUAUUCGAUAUGGUCUAUUGGGCCAUUGAACGGACCUGUCUUUGGGGCUGUCAUUGGCGGCUUUGUCACACAAUAUCUGGGGUGGCGCUGGACAAACUGGCUAAUCCUGAUAUUCGCAGGGUUCUCCUUUGCCAUGCUUUGUUGCAUUAAGGAAACCUAUCCGCCAGUGAUCCUGCGCCGGCAAGCAAAUGAUCUUCGGCUCAAGACUGGAGAUGGGCGCUGGUGGAGCCGACAUGAACAGAAUAUCCCGUUGAGAGAGAUGUUACGUGUGAACCUGUCCCGUCCUUUGAAGAUGACUUUCCAGGAGCCGAUCAUAAUUUUUUUCAACGUUUAUAUUGGCUUGAUUUACGGUAUUCUAUACCUCUGCUUUGUCGCUUAUCCUUACGUCUUCCAUGAGGUUCGCGGUUGGACAUUGGGGUUUUCAGGGUUGGCUUUCUUGGGCAUCGGCUUGGGCGGUUUUCUAACGAUUGUGGCCGAGCCUCUGAUCAAGCGGAUGAUCCGGUCGCACAAACCAGACCCGGGAACGCGGAGCCCGCCACCUGAAUGCAUGAUGAGUAUCGUAUGUAUUGCCUCGGUUCUGAUCCCGACUGGCCAGCUUUGGUUCUCCUGGACGUGCCUGCCGACGCGAAUCCACUGGAUUUGGCCAAUCCUAGCCGGAGUGCCCAUUGGCGCGGGGAACAUUGCAGUGUUCAUCUAUGCCACGACCUACCUCGCAAACACGUACGAACUGUAUGCCGCUUCGGCGCUGGCAAGCAACACGGUCGUCCGAAGCGUGCUAGGGGGUGUAUUGCCGUUGAUCGGAUCACGUCUCUACCAGAGCCUUGGCGCGAACUGGGCCAGUUCGUUGCUUGGAUUUCUUCAGAUAGCGAUUAUUCCAAUCCCUUUUGUCUUUUACAAGUACGGUGAUCGCAUCAGGAAGAGAAGCAGUCUCAUCGCAAGCAUACAGGAAGAGAAAACGCGCAAUGCAUUGCUACAUGGAAGCGGAGGGUUACUGAGAGAUGAAUGCUAGGAGAAAAGUGGGGGACUGCAUGGGGAUGCGGAAGAUUUACCCAAAUAAAGGGUUGAGACGAGUAAAAGAUUGAGCGGGGAGUCUGCAUACAGCAUAUGACAACCACGAUUCGCGUUCAAUUCGGAG